GGGUAAAUAUAGUAGGAUCGGGCCCACGAUCAGGGGUGACAAUGGGACCUCUUACCCCUCAGGCCCGGCUGGCGCAGGCAGCGCGAACGCGAAAUCAGGCCAAGGCCAGUGCUAGCCAAGAACCUCCCCACAGAGAGCCUGAGCCGGGAAGAAGGAAAGAGGUAGUGGAAGUGGAGGAUGAUGACGAUGAGGAAGAAGAAGAUGAAAGGUUGCGCCAAGAAGAGGAUCAGAGGGCGGAGCAAAGGGCUAAGAAGAAAGAAGCCAGGGAAGAGACCGAGCCGAUCCUGCGCGACGUACCGCCCAGAAAAAAGAAAUACGCGGUUCGGUUGGAAGAAGUGUUCGACGUGGAGAAGGUGAUUGCUAGGUUGUUAGAAGGACAUAACGACCUCAUGACCUUGAAGGAGAUCCUAGCGUCAGCUUUUAAGCUCCGCGAUGGAUUGAAGGGGAGGUUGUCGCGGCGUCUGGUGCCCAACGUCCAUCUGGGUACAAUCCUGCCAAAGGAGGCGGAGUGGGCAGAGUCGGGCACGAAGAUGGAUUGGAAGUGUGUGGCCUGUGGCACACUAGAUUUGGUAGUGAAGGGCUCCAAGUGUACGACGAUGGUCGACACAGGGGCGGAGAUGAAUAUAAUCCGGGAGGCGGAUGACAUCAAGUUCGCACUGGAUAUAGACCGAUCUGACUGUGGCGUUCUACAUGGGGCAAGUUGUAGGGCCGUGUUUUGUGGGACAACCUCGAAUGUGUUCAUCGAGGUUGGGAAGGUAAAAGUCAGGGCAUGCUUCUUCGUCAUGCCAGACGUGGAUCACGGAAUCCUCCUAGGGAGGUCAUUUUUUAGCAGGACGAAAACCGUGAUAUUCAAUAAGCAUGACGGGACCUUGAUCCUCCUCCUAUGCGACUCUGCCUGUGGGAAUUAUGAGGUGAUCACCUGCAGGAAUACGGGGCCGAAAAGCAUAAGGAACCGGCCCAAUUCAGAGUCUUUCACAAUCGAAGAGUCGGAGGGCGAGCGCCGGCGGCUCCGGGCGGAGCGAGAAGAGGAAGAGAGGGUUGAAGCAUUCUCCCUCAGCCUGUCGGACGUGGGAAAGGCCAUGGAUAUGGUGGCCGCACAUGAGAUGACAGAUCCGGAUGCCAUCCGGGCAUUGAGGGAGAAGGUCCUGGAAUGCCCCGAGCCAGGGAGAUUGGAGCUGGUAUAUCGUCUUCCGGAUGGUAGGAGGAAACCUGCACUGAUGCAAGCGCAAUCCUGGGUGCAAGACCUGCAGAGAUUAAACGCGGUGACUGUGCGAGAUGUAGGAGGGUUGCCCAACGCGGACGCGCUGUCGGAAUCCUGUGUUGGAAGGCCUAUAAUUUCGCUUAUAGACCUUUACGCAGGAUAUGACCAGUUUCCGGUCUAUCCGUUGGACAAGCCAGUGACAGCUAUGCAUACGCCUCGAGGAUUAAUCCACAUGAAUGUGGCUCCGCAAGGAUGGACCAAUGCAGCAGCGAUGGUCCAACGAGCCAUGAUUCGGGUCAUGCAGUCAGUCAGCCCACAUAUCACUCAGCCAUAUAUUGAUGAUUUGGCAGUGAAAGGGCCACCAGUAAAGGAGAGUGACGAAGUCUUGCCAGGGGUGAGGCGUUUUGUCUGGAAGCAUAUCCAGAACCUUGAAAAGGUCUUGACCUUGCUCGAAGAACAUAAUCUCAAGGCGAGUGGGGCCAAAUCCAGACACUGUAUGAGGGAAGCGACUAUCUUAGAGUUCGUCUGCAGUGAGAAGGGCCGACGACUUGAUAUAAAGAAGACGGACAAGAUUACUGAAUGGCCAGUUCCAUUCCACUCAAUAACGGAUGUCCGGAGAUUCCUCAGGACGUGCGGAUUUAGGAGAGCCUUCGUCAAAAACUUUGCCGCAAAGACUGAACACCUGAGAAAGUUAGUUCAUCAGGAUCAGGAGUGGUUUUGGGGCGAAGAGCAGGAAGAGGUAGUGGCCAGAAUGAAGGAAGAAUUCCGAGAAGGGGGUUUGGUGUUGGUGGCGCCAGACUAUCACGCCACGGAAAUAAGGCCCUUCAUCGUUGAAACGGAUGCGGGACCAACUGCGUCUGACUUUACGAAGACAACCAUGCCAAGAGGAGGGAAGGGGACACGGCCGCCUUGGAGGCCGUUGGGCGCAUCAGGAGGUUACGAGCGGCAUGGACCUCGCCAUCGAGAGAGCACUCCGGAGUACGAUGGUGGCGACGUCGAGCUAUUCCUGGAUAGUUUCUGGGAGCAUGCGCGGCGUAUGGGCUGGACCGUGACCCAAGAGAUUGAGAGGUUGAGGGGAGUCGACAGAUUCAAGGGGCCCGUCGCGCAGAUCCGUAGGGAGGCGACGACGACGUCAGAGGUGGAGAUGAGGAUGCAGGAGCUGAAGGCGGAAAGACCGCUGGCUAGGCAGGUUAGAGACAUGGCCCGGGACUGGGAGAGCUGCAGGGCACACCUGAGCGAGGCCUUUCGACGGCCAGAGUCGCCUCGGCCCCGAGUUGAGAGGCGCCAGAGGAGCAGGAGACAGAGGGACCCUGAGCCCAGCGAGGCAAGGCCAUCUCGAGGGGGACGGAAGGCCCUAGCCAGGAGGGAGGAGGAGGCGGAGCCUGAUGAUGAGGAGCGAGGGGCGUAUCCUGAGUAUGGACUGGGACCAGUGGAGUUCCAUCGUUCUACUGAGAGUGGACUGAGGAGGUCGCCAGCACGCACACAGGAGGAGCCGCCAACGUCUGAGGAGCCCUUGAGGGAGUUGGAGGCGCAUUUGGAUAUCUCUCGGUGGAGAGUGUCGCCUCGGCAGAUCCCAAAGAGGGUCCACCUCCGCACGAGGGAGAGGGCGCCAACUGGAGAAACGGAUGAAGAAAAGAGGGUGAGAAGGACCAUGAGAAUAGAAGAGAUAUGGCAAGAGAGGCCGAGAUUGGAGGCAGCAGGGGCACUCCCAGGUCAACCACCCAGCGAGCCAGCUAGGAGCCCGGAAAUCCCAGAGAUGUGGAGGGACUUCUGGGAGCAGAGAGGAAAGGAGCUUCCCUCGCCGACCAGAGCCGGGUUUGGGGUAGCAAGGAAAGCAGAAGAAAGGUUGGAUCGCAAAAUCAAGUUCCUGGCCAAGACAACUUUUGACCGGCACUUGCUAUUGGACAGCGAUCUGGCAGGGAAAAAGACGAAGGAAGAAGGCCAUGGAGUACGCCUGGAGGCUAUGGAGGUGGAAAUCCAGGAACUCAGGGAAUCGGUGGCUAGUCAGGCAGUUAUCAUCGAGAGCCUGAGGCAACAAACUCAGGGAAAGGUGGACAAGCCAGAGAGCAGCCGGCAGCGAGAGCAGAGGCAGCCAGGACAUGGGUUGCCAGGACAGUCAUCUGCAGCAGAGCCUCGCCAGGAGCCUCCCAUGGGGAGAGUUAUCGUGGAGCUAGAGGAGGCGAGAGCCAAGAGGGAGGCAGAGAGAGAGGCCUUCGAGUUCAGAGCCCCUACUGAGCUCGCGACGCUACCUGUAGCGGCGGCAGACCCAGUCGUACUUUUGGCAGUUGAGGAGGGGCUACCACCAUCUAGCAGUGAGUCAGAUCAAGGCUCAGCAGAGGGACCCCUGGACGUGCUCCUUGAGGCAGUACACUCGAUGCAGGACGAGGCGAGUUUGUUUUCGCCUGGACAGAAGAUAGACGAGCCUCUUGAGAGAGAGAUGGGGAUUGAGGCGGAGGGUGUCAUCGAGGGCGGGCUCCAGAGGUUGAGCACACCUGAGUAUGGGCCAGAGGGGAUUGAGGAUCGACCAGGGCCGAAUACCCAACAGGUGGAGACAGGAGAGAAGCCUUUGGAUAUGCCUCAGAGCCAUGAGCUGAGCAGGGAGGCCAGCGAAGCACCAUCAUCGUCAGGGUCUCGGAGAGGAAAGAAAAGGUCCAGGAAGUGGUUCGAUACAUCCUGCUUCUUCUGUACAAAGGAGGGGCAUCGAGUAUUGCAAUGUCCUAAGUUCUUAAAGGACAAGGCUGAAGGGAAGGUUACCGAGGAAGGGGGCAGGAUGUAUGAUAGACAGGGCAAGAUGGUAGAGAGAUCUGCAGAUGGGGGUAGGGCUCAACUAUAUAGGCAAAACGAGGAGGAGAUGAGCGACCAGGACUGAGCUACCUAUAUGGUUGACAUGUUGCGUAUAGGACUAGAGUUAG